AGGCAGAAAAAGUGCACAGCAAAUGAGAAAUAAUGUGGAAGAGCAUCGGUGUGUCACCUGCAGAAAGCACUUUUAUUGCAGAGCUCUGCUUGGGACCAAAUCCUGCCCUAGUCACAUCUCAGGAUGGCAGUGGGGUGCUCGUGGGUUCACACCUGAGCAGAGCUGGUCCCUCCACUCCAGGGUCCUCCGCUGAGGAGAAGGAGGGAGGUCUGCAAGGCAGGGCUGACCCAGCCUCCAAAGGGCACCCCAGUGCCCCAGCUCCCUGGCACUGAGGAGCUGACCUUGGCCGCUGCACCUGGUAGAGGCCAUCGUGCCUUCCAGUGCAACCAGUAUGGCAAGUGGGAAUCCCCCGGCCACCCUCAUCAUCUGUGUCAAAUUCCCCUGCCAGCCCUGUGGGCUGAGCCCGUUCCUGCCCCUCUGCACUCAGGAUGGGGUCUGCAAAGCUGGCGCUGACGCUACUGGCUGCAGCUCUCCUGCUGCCUGCAGCUGCCACGCUGAAGAUCGGCGCCUUCAACAUCAGGACGUUUGGGGACAGCAAGAUGUCCAACAAGACUAUCGCGGGUAUCAUCGUCACUAUCGUGUUGGAGUAUGACAUCAUCUUGGUGCAGGAGGUCCGCGAUACUGAUCUGAGCGCUGUGAAGAACCUGAUGGACCAGCUCAACAGUGUGUUGCCGCACCCAUACACCUUUUUGGUCAGCAAGCCGCUGGGUCAGAGCACCUACAAGGAGCAGUAUCUCUUCAUCUACAAAACGGAGGUGGUGUCUGUGGUGGACACCUACCAGUACGAGGAUCCCCAGGAUGUCUUCAGCCGGGAGCCGUUCAUCCUGAGGGUGUCGUCGCCCCACACGAGUGAGCGUUGGAAAGAGGCAGAGGAGUUUGUGCUGGUGCCACUGCACUCAGCGCCGCACGCCGCCACGGCCGAGAUCGACGCGCUCUACGACGUCUACCUGGCCAUCGUCAGCAAGUGGGACACCGACCCCGACAGCGCUGACACGACCGUGGGGAAGUCGGACUGCGCCUAUGACAGGAUUGUGGUAUGCGGAUCUAAGCUGAAGAGAAGCAUCGUGCCAAAUUCGGCUACCGUUUACAAUUUCCAGCGCGCUUUCCAGCUGGAGCAGGAGGAGGCCCUGGCAGUCAGUGACCAUUUCCCAGUUGAAGUGAAGCUGGCGGCUUGA